UCUCGCCAAAACCCUAGCUAGCUAACCCCCCCUCCUCCCUCCGGAAACCGCAGUAGCAGCGCCGAUGGGAGGGUCGCGGCGCAAGUUCAAGCGAACCCGCACCAAGGUGCGCGUGGGGCUGCCGCGCAAGAAGCCGCGCGAGUUCAAGCCGGCCUUCGACCUGCCCGAGGCGCUCGCCGCCGCCGCCGCUGCAGAGGCCGGCGGCCGCGUGCCGAGCUGGGACGCGGAAGGCAGCGUCGUGAAGAACUACUCCGCUUUCGGGGUCGUCGCCAACCCCAACCUGCUCGGCGCCCACGCCCGCGGCACGCGAGGCCUCGUCCAGAGCGCCUCGCUGCAGGCGCCCGACAUGGACGCCUUGCGCGCCCCCGUCGACGAGUUCGGGCCCGUUGACACCGGCAGUGACCUCGAGUGCGACGAUCUAAAAUCUGCACUUGGGAAGAAAAGGAGGGAUGGCAAAUCUGCACCUUUGGAGCCACUAACUAAAAUUCAACGACUAUGUAUUGGCAGAUUAAUAGAGAAGUAUGGUGACAACUACAAGGCCAUGUUCAUGGAUACCAAACUGAACUCAAUGCAGCACUCGGUGGGUACAUUGAAAAAGCUCUGCGAAAGAUACCAUGUUGGUGGCAAGGCCAUCCUCUAUCCAAUGUAGCGUUCUAUGAAUCUAGAUUUCACUUUCAGUCUGUACCCUAUUUCUCCCACUGAAUGGGACGUGGAGAUUUUGCCUGUGAACAAUGUAACUUCUGAUGACUACAAUAUAAGAAUGAGUUUGUUUUA